CUGCUGCCUCCUCUCUCGCAGGUACCCAGGCAUCCUGGCUCUCCUUACACUGCUCACGACAUCACAAAGGGACACCCUAACUUGGCGGGAACCCCGCCCGGUCAUGCCCACUCCCCGGCGCUCUCUCAGGUAUCAGUACCCACAGCUUCUCCAUAUCGCUACCCUAAGGGCUGGGAGGCAGGCGGAGGGUCUCCGUAUAACCCCGGGCAAAAUGCUGGCUCCGCUCCUUUAGUGUAUUCUGCCCAGACACAGCCAAUGAGUGCACAGCCACAGAGUCGCCCGUUUGCUACGGGCCCUCGACCAACCCACCAUCAGGGAGGAUUCAGGCCCAUCCAGUUUUUUCAGAGGACUCAGAUGCAGACUCAGAGGCCCACCAUCCCGACAAACACGCCCUCCAUACGGCCCGGCUCCCAGGCUCCCACAGCGGCCGUCUACCCCACUAAUUCAGCAAUCGUGAUGACUAUGGCACCCAUGCCUUUCCCUUCACCACAGGCUGCGCAGUACUACAUCCCACAGUAUCGCCAUAGCACGCCCUACGUGGGACCCGCGCAGCAGUAUUCUGUGCAGCCACCCAGUUCUGGCACCUUCUAUCCUGGUCCAGGACCAGGGGAAUACCCCUAUCAUCACCUCAGGUACCACCCUCCUGUCUCACCCUCUGUCCCUGCUCCCGUUCCCACAGCUGGUCCACCGUACUACCAAGGACAGACACUGUACAACCCCUCUCCCCCUAUCAUAGUGCCUACACCACAGCAACCUCAAGCAUCCAAGCGUGAGAAGAAAACAAUCCGUAUCCGUGACCCCCAGUCGGGCAAGGAUAUCACAGAGGAGAUCAUGGCCGGGGGCUCAGGGAGCAGGAAUUCAACGCCUCCUGUCGGUCCCCCCUCAUCUACGCCUACGCCACCACAGUUUUUAUGGCCGCACCCUCAUUAUCCUCACAUUUUCUACCUCAAAUCGCAGCAGCUGAGCAGCAGCCAGACUCCAGAGCAGCAGCAGUCACAGCCUCCACCUCCUCAGCAACCACAAGCCCAUCCUGGAGGCUACCCAUUAGAGCCACCGCAGAUACCACAGCCACCACAGCCCCAGCAGCCACUGACACCAGGAGCUUCAGACACCAAACAGGGGCCAGACGAUAUGCUAAAAUUGGAGCCAGCUAUCCAGAAGUCUUCCUCACCUGGGGUGGUGCAGCCCGAGGCUCCCGUAGAGAGGCUGGAGGCGAACCCUCCUGUUUCUGAGCCGCCUGCCACCGUUGAACCAGAGCUUCCCUUCCCCGCCUCGCUGACUGCCCCUGUCAGUCUCCCUCCUGCCGUUGCCAAAAGCAGCGAACGUCCCCCUGCCAGGGAGUCCACUGCACCUGCAUCCUCGCCCUCCCCCUCUGCUGGGGAGAGGAAAACGUCACUGGGGCCGCCUCAGAUGCCCAGCACAGAGAAGCCUCUUUCCGAACCCCCAAGAACUUCAGCCGCCUCUCCGUUGUUGGCUCCUAAGGCCUUGAACGGCCUCGCUGACUCUGGGAUUGACAUUGACGCCGCUGCUCUGGAGCCCACACCCCUGCCUCCAGCUGUACUUCAUCCCCAGGCUCCUGCGCCUGUGCAAAGAGACGCAUCCCCUCCUGAGAGCCUCUCCUCUGAUGUGAGGCCGGAGGUGCCGAUUGCUGCUGAGCUCCCCCCUUUGGCACCUGUGGCUGUAGUGCCAGUCACCCUGACCUCCAGUCCCAUCCCAGCGUUGCCAGUCAUGCUCCCCCCUGGCCUUCCGCCUCUAGUGCAGGCCACAACAGAGGCCGAUGAGCCGGGCAAAUCCGCAGACACUAAAGAGCUUGCCCCCAGAGGAGGGACAGAAGCCCACGCUGGUGUCACAGAGAGCAAAACGGAGUCCCAGAAGCAAGCACUUACCAGGAGGAGUCCCACGACAGUUAAUCAGACUUCUUCUGCAAUACCAAAGACCUGGAGAAAACCAAAUGAAGGGAUGUUUGCUGGAGACGUGACUCCAAAGGAGGAUGAGGAUGAGCCCAAGGCUGUGGAUCAGCCUGCCGGAGACCAGGCCCUGCAGCCGGCCCCCCGGAGCUGCAGCCCGGUGCUCCUCCCGUCGGCCUUCGCCUCCACCGCUGCCCCGGCGCCCGUUCCCGCCGGCGGCACCGAGGCAAACGGAAAGCCCUCCACUCCAGAGGAGAACGGGGAAGCGGAGCCAGAGCCCAUGAGGAACGGAGCGGGCCACACCUCAGAGACGGAAAGCAGCGACAGUGGAGCCACCCCCGGAGACAAGGAGAGCUCAACGGGGGCUCCACCGGACAUGGAAGAUCUGGCCGAUUCCAGCGGGAAACGUCAGUAUAACAGAGACUUCCUGCUAGGAUUCCAGUUCAUGGCCGCGUGCGUACAGAAACCUGACGGGCUCCCCCCGAUCAGUGACGUAGUGCUGGACAAGAUGAACCAAAACAAGUUGCCGUCCCGAUCGGUGGAUUCCAGGGUGAUUUCCAGAGGGCCUGAUUUCACACCUGCUUUCGCAGAUUUUGGGAGGCAGAUGGGCGGAGGAAGAGGCGCUUCACUCAUGAACAUUGGGGCACGACGUCCUCCACCCAGGAAGAUUAUCAUGAACGUGUCGGUUAAUGAUGACAUUCAGCUGAAAAAGUCGGAGAACGCCUGGAAGCCCGGCUUGAAGAGGGAAGUCCCCGCCGAGGAUCCGGAGACCCAGAAAACACAGGCAGGAACAGAGAAUGCACAUGCGGCAAAAAAAAAUCAUCGAGUAGUGUUUGGAUGGAUCUGUAAAAGUCUGACUUCCUCCCAACAGGAUCUCUUCCGCAAGGUACGAAGCAUCCUGAACAAGCUGACCCCUCAGAAGUUCAACCAGCUGAUGAAGCAGGUGACCGAUCUGACCAUCGACACAGAAGAGAGGCUCAAAGGGGUCAUCGACCUGGUCUUUGAGAAGGCCAUCGAUGAGCCCAGCUUCUCCGUGGCUUAUGGAAACAUGUGCCGCUGCCUCGCCACGCUCAAAGUGCAAAUGACUGACAAACCCAACAGCACAGUGAACUUCCGCAAGCUGCUGCUCAAUCGCUGCCAGAAGGAGUUUGAGAAGGACAAGGUGGACGAUGUGGUGUUUGAGAGGAAGCAGAAAGAACUGGACUCUGCUGCAUUGUCAACGGAGCGCGAUCGCCUUCAAGAGGAACUGGAAGACGCCAAGGACAAGGCCCGGCGGCGGUCCAUCGGCAACAUCAAGUUCAUUGGCGAGCUCUUCAAGCUGAAGAUGUUGACUGAGGCCAUCAUGCACGACUGCGUGGUCAAGCUGCUGAAGAAUCACGACCAGGAGUCUCUGGAGUGCCUGUGCAGGCUGCUCACCACCAUCGGCAAGGACCUGGACUUUGAGAAAGCCAAGCCGCGAAUGGAUCAAUACUUCAAUCAAAUGGAAAAAAUCGUCAAGGAGAGGAAGACGUCUUCCAGAAUACGGUUCAUGUUGCAGGACGUCAUAGACCUGAGAUUGCACAACUGGGUGUCCCGGAGAGCCGACCAGGGCCCAAAAACCAUUGAGCAGAUUCAUAAAGAAGCUAAGAUUGAAGAGCAGGAGGAGCAGAGAAAAGUGCACCAGCAGCUUCUCUCCAAGGACAGCAAGAGACGGCCAGAUCCGCGAGAACAGAGGGAGCAGAGGGAACAGCGCGCCCAGAGAGAAGAGACCUGGAACACUGUGCCCAUGACCAAGAACAGCAGGACCAUCGACCCAAACAAGAUCCCAAAGAUCUCCAAGCCUCAGAUGGAUGAGAAGAUCCAACUUGGUCCACGGGCUCAAGUCACAUGGGUAAAGGGCAGCAGUGGAGGAGCCAAAGCCAGCGACUCGGACCUGUCUCGGACAGCUGGUCUGAACCGUUACUCUGCGCUGCAGUCCUCAUCCUCCCCUCAGCCCUCCACGCCACCCCAACAGAACCCGGAUUACGAGUCCAGAAGAACUCUGGGAAGCGGUCGUAGCAACACGGUCCGGGAACGCAGCGAAAAGCCGCAGAUCUCGGCGCCGCCUUCCUCCCGCUCCGGCCCGUUCGUCCGGGGAGGGAGUUCCAAGGAGCUGCUGGAGCCUCAAACCCCGGAAGAGCCGCGACGAGAGCGGGAGCGAGAGGCAGCCGAGCCCCGCAGACCGAGCGUUGCGGAGGAGAAAGCGGAACCGGAGCGCAGCCGAGUCCGAGAGCCAGUAAAACCUGAGCCCGUCGUCCAGACCCUGGACAGACCUGCUCGGUCUGAAGAGGAGAUCGAGAGGAAGUCCAAGUCCAUUAUUGACGAGUUCCUGCACAUAAAUGAUUAUAAGGAGGCCAUCCAAUGUGUGGAGGAGCUGGAGUUGGGCUCUCAGCUGCACAUCUUCGUGCGCGUCGGGGUGGAGUCCACCCUGGAGCGCAGUCAGAUUACCCGGGACCACAUGGGCCAGCUCCUCUUCCAGCUGGUGCAGCAGGGAAUGCUGCCCAAGCCCCACUUUUACAAAGGGUUUGCAGACACGUUGGAGCUGGCCGACGACAUGGCCAUCGACAUUCCCCACAUCUGGCUGUACCUGGCCGAGCUGCUCAGCCCCGUGCUGAAGGAGGGGGGCUUCUCUAUGAGAGAGCUGUUUAGUGAAUUGAGCAAACCUUUGCUUCCUGUUGGAAGAGCCGGGAUCUUAAUCUCUGAAAUACUGCACAUACUAUGCAAGCAAAUGAGCCAUAGGACUGUGGGUUCUUUGUGGAGGGACUGUGGCCUCAGCUGGACCGACCUCUUACCCAACGGAGAGGAUGUCCAGGCUUUCAUCUCACAGCAGGUGAGCGACGAAGGCCUCUAUUCUAAUACAGAAAAGUCCGCGUUUCAGUCCAACCUCGCAGCGAUCGCCACUUUGCAUCGUCACUGUUCGUCUUCUCCACCUUCUUGGCUUUUCUAUUUAUCAAUGACGCGCUCCUCCCUCCUGUCUCUACACAAACAGAAACUCCAGUUCCUUCAGCCCGAGAGCUCCGCUCAGGAGGCAGUUGAGCCCAAAAGAAUCCUGUCUCCUGAGGAGCUGAACCAGCAGCUAGAAAGACUCCUCCUGGAGGACAUGGCCAGUGAUGAGCAGAUCUUUGACUGGGUUGAGGCAAACCUCGACGAGUCUCAGAUGAGCUCGUCUCCCUUCCUGAGGGCUUUGAUGACAGCUGUGUGCAAGGCGGCAGUGAAAGAUGACAACACCAGCUGUAGAGUGGAUACGGCCAUCAUCCAGAGGAGGUUGCCAGUAUUACUCAAGUACCUUAACUCAGACACUGAGCGACAGCUGCAAGCACUUUAUGCACUUCAGGCGCUGAUCGUCGCCCUCGAUCAGCCUCCCAACCUUCUCCGGAUGUUCUUUGACUGUCUGUAUGACGAGGACGUCAUCUCGGAGGACGCUUUCUACAAGUGGGAGACGAGCAAAGACCCUGCCGAGCAGCAGGGUAAAGGUGUGGCCCUCAAGUCUGUCACGGCCUUCUUCACCUGGCUGCGGGAGGCGGAGGAGGAGUCGGAGGAUAAUUGACGAGGGCGACACCCGGGACUGGACACAGUAGAACUGCAUCCUUAACAGCAGAGCAAACUUUCAAAAUGGCUGCGCGGACAGGACGACAUGUUUACAGCUGGAAUUUUUUUCUGCGGUACGGUUCUGCGACAUGCCGCCAUUUUGAGUUUGGAUUCCAACAGUGGAAGCACUAAAUACCUGUAUCAUACAUAGAAAAUAUUUUUGUUUUAAAUUUUAACUUACUUUUCUUUUGUUACUUUUUAAGAAGAGACUUAAAAGAUACAUAGGUUCUGGACUCUUUAAUUUAUUAUUUUUUUAAGGACUGCAAAUACGAAAGUUAUUUAACAUUUGCAGAUGCUCACAAGGAGAACACAACAGAAAUAACAAUAUAAUUAAUUAUAGUAACAGAAUAAUAGAGAGAUGAAUAUCCUCCCUGGAUUUCACAGUUUGGUUGAAAACAGGGUAAAAACAAAAUUAUUUUGGGAUGAAGGGGAAGCAGAGAUAAGAGGGAAAAACAGAAGUUAAUAAAAAAAAAAGGAACUAUAACGCUUUUUCCAGGUCAAAGGUUAUCUUGUAAUAACCAGGAAGUGUUUCCCUCAGCCUUGACUUGCCCUGAGUUGAUAUGAACGUGCACCUCAUGAGAAGUCGUAGUACGCAUCCACAAAGCAAAUCCGAACUGUAACAUAACGCAGACGAACAAACCCGGAAAUGAGCAAAAGUGCAACUUUAAAGCAAACAGCCAGGGUCGCUGAACUUCAGAUGCUUGUAAUACUUAAGACCUACAGAGCAGAUUAAAGCUUGUAAAUACAUUAAAGACGAAAAAUGUAUUUAAAAAAGUGCCAAUUCUCAUUA